AUGGCCCGGUUCAGGAUCUGUAGGGAGACUGAUGAGAAUCCAGGCUUCCCCUUAUACACUAAGGCAGAUCCAGGUAAGAUCAGGGUUAGACCCACCUCUGGACCAGGGGUCUGAUAACCUUGGCAUACACUAAAGGCAAACCCAGGUUUCAUAUUCCAGUGUAUUUGGGGCUCAGGAGUUUGUGGGUGUUUUCUAAACCGUUGAAACAACUAGGUGUUUUGACUCUUUGUUACUGCAUCUAGAGAGUCCCGUUUCUCUCUGUAGUUUAGUUUCUGCUGUUCUGCUGAGAUAGUGCUGGUAGAGGCUAUAAUUGCUUUGUUGCCUUUCUUUAUGGUGCGGUUAUUGCUAAUGUUGUUUGUAAUUAAAGGAGCGGGCCUUCCAGAGGUCCAGAUCCAGCUGUGAGAUAGAGGCAGGGUGUUAGCGCCUUGCAGAUCCAUCACAGCCCAAUACACAGCCCCAGCUCUCUACCUUCUCUCCACACAUAUGCAUGUCCACACAGACACAAACGCAAGCACGCGUGUCCACACAUACACACACUGACAGACAGACACAAAUGCAAGCACGCGUGUCCACACACACACACACACACACACACACACACACACACACACACACACACACACACACACACACACACAGGCAGCCUGCCAAGCACCUGCCAAUACCCCUCAACACAGCACCAAUCCCUGUGAUAGAUUACCAGGAAAAGUCCCUGUCUCACUUGCCCACUAGAUUUGCAAUCUUAGGUCUCCCUUCUCCAGAGUACAGAGGCGUAGGGAUGCAGAGGUAAGACACGCAAGAACAGGAAAUCAACAUAUACAAACUGCAUGCACAGUACUAUGUUUAUAAGGAUUCCACGUGAAAGAUUUGCACACACUCGCACACACCCUUCGGCGUUGCAAUGCAUCUUUCUUAUCACGCCUCAUCUGUCUAAGUGGACUGUUGAUGUCAGCAAUGAUAUGUAGUGCCAAGAAAGGUAGCAUAUUCAUUAUAGGGUAUGCACAGUAUGAACUUGCUCGAAGAACACAGGCACACACCUGUAUAUGGAGUGCCCUGCUCUUUCAGAAGAACAUGAGUCCUUGAAAAAUAUGUUCUGUACUGGUGAUUUGUCUCAAUAGAGCCCCACAGUGGAGGUGUUAUAAUACCCAUAAAACCUAGCAGUCAAACAGGCAGAUGGUUCCAAUCAUUUUUCCAUAGGGAAUUUUAGAAACACUUAAAAUAAGGGUUGUGUUUCGUGGAGGCUUACUCUUGCGUGAAGUUUUGAUAACCAUGUAAAUCUCUCUUGGAUCAAUAUAUUCGGCUCAUUUACUCUCAGAUUCAAAAAUGCUAAUUAGCAUUAAAGUAGACGUCAUGCAAGACUACAAAUACCUGCAAGCUCCUCUAGCUGACACCUUUGCUAACAGGUAUUGUGUCAAUUAAAAGUGUGCACAAGUCAGUUCAAGGAAUUGUCAGUUUAAAGAAAUGUAGCCAAUUUAUUCAUGACUAAAUUUAGCUAACAUAAGAUAAUUAAUCCAAAGAUUUUUACCUUUGCCUCGAUUCAGCAGUCUCGUCCAGAUCAUCAUAGCAUUUGUAGUUCUUUAUGAUUAGAAGUAAAUUAGCAUGUCAUUAUUGGGGGGUAAAUUCAGGCGAAUAUAUUGAUAAAAGUCACCUUGUCCUAGAGAGAUUUACGCGGUUAUAAAAACGUCACGCCAGGGUAAGCCUACACAAAACAUAGCCCUUAUUUUAAGUGUUUCUAAAAUUCCCUAUGGGGAAAAUGAAUGGUGGAAAAACUAUUGGAACCAUUUCCUUGUUUGACCGCUAGGUUUUAUGGGUAUUAUGACUCAUGCUGUGGUACUCUAUAAGAACAGGCAUUUCAGCAGCAUCUCCCGAGGGUGAAUAUGUAUUUUUCCUGCUUGAGUGUGACAUGAGGCAGCACCUUCGAGAGGUACUAUCACAGGACAGUCUCCAUUGUGGAGGAGGUUGUGCAGGGGCACUUCACAAAUGCAAUUGGAAAUAAAGGUUUGAGUGUGCCCUGCCAAAUCUCCCCCUGAACAGAACACAGACUGGUCGUGACUGACUGGCAGGUGAUUCUCAAAGACUCAAUAGUGGGGAAUAUACCAUAACUCAGAUUCAGACAUGGCAUGUGAUUGAAUGCUAGCCAGCAAAUCCUAAGUGGAUUUGUGUUUUUCUUUCAGUCACCCUAUGUGCUUCUGUUUACUUUCGGUAAAACAGUAUGUUCUGACCUCAACCUUGUUUUGCAUGUUGACUUUGCAUUCUUACUGGCCACUAGACAAAACUGCCGUAGACAAUCGUAUAACCCCAAACCAAUGCUACUCACUUGGUCAUUGUGUAGCUUGAGUGCUACACUGAUUCAUAUUCACCACUAACAUCACAACAGUAGUGUGGCACUGACGUCUGUCCCUUUCAUAUGCCUUUUGAAUCAGCAGUUCAGUGACUAACACUUCUCAAGGGACAUAUUUGGAAUGGUUUGUAUUAUUUGUAUGGAGUAGGAUAGAUGGUACCUGUUUUCACUGACCCACAGAAGACCCCUGUGAGAAGGAAAUAUUGUCUGCAUUAGGAACAUUGCCAAUGUAUAUGUACUGCUUUUUAUUUACAUAUUGUGCACGAUGUGCUUUUACCCCACUAACCAUAAAAGAGUGAGAAGAAUUGAACAUUAUGUUAAAAGUUGAUGAUAAAUACAAAUAAAAAAGUGAAAAGAAAAAGCCUAUUUUAUGUGGUGAUUGUUAUAAUUUCAGUGGCCAACCACUGUCGUCACAUACUAAUUUAGAUUCAACCAAAUGCUUUGUGUGAAUUCUAUAUGAUUUCAAUCUAGCAAUUACAUUCUUCCUUUCAAGACUGUGUUACUUUAAGCUCUGUAAAUAUUUUAAAUACAAAAAGCCCUGGCUGCUUGAGAAAGCGUCCAUAGUUAAAGCUGCCUCCCUGACAUUGGCAAAGAGAUUUACACCGCGUCUCGGCACAUGAAAGGAGACUCAUUUUGUAUUCACAGAACCUGCCUCUGCCAUUCAGUCUUUUGAACUUCCAUUAAGCAAUUUAUCACCAUGCAAUUCAUUUCAUUUUCCUAACCCUUGGGAUGGAUGCUUUUUUCCUUCCCACUGCCUCAGUAGCGUUAACAUUAAAUAUGCACACUGACCACAGUGUGGUCGCUAUGUUUUGUGUUGGGUUACAAAGCUACUGGUAGUUUACCAAAGUUACCAGAAACUUCAGUCAUUUUGGUAAUUAAAAACAAAUCUAUGGCAAUCUAUCGUAACCUUAGUAAUAUAUACUUGAAUAACUUUUAAAAUAUUUAUUCAUACACUACCGGUCAAAGGUUUUAGAACACCUACUCAUUCAAGGGUUUUCUAAAUUUUUUACUAUUUUCUACAUUGUAGAAUAAUAGUGAAGACAUCAAAACUAUGAAAUAACACAUAUGGAAUCAUGUAGUAACCAAAAAAGUGUUAAACAAAUCAAAAUAUAUUUUAUAUUUGAGAUUCUUCAAAUAGCCACCCUUUGCCUUGAUGACAGCUUUGCACACUCUUGGCAUUCUCUCAACCAGCUUAACGAUGUAGUCACCUGGAAUGCAUUUCAAUUAAAAGGUGUGCCUUCUUAAAAGUUAAUUUGUGGAAUUUCUUUCCUUCUUAAUGUGUUUGAGCCAAUCAGUUGUGCUGUGACAAUGUAGGGGGGUAUACAGAAGAUAGCCCUAUUUGGUAAAAUAACAUGUCCAUAUUAUGGCAAGAACAGUUCAAAUAAGCAAAGAGAAAUGACAGUCCAUCAUUACUUUAAGACAUGAAGGUCAGUCAAUACGGAAAAUGUCAAGAACUUUAAAAGUUUAUUCAAGUGCAAACACAAAAACCAUCAAGCGCUAUAAUGAAACUGGCUCUCAUGAGGACCGCCACAGGAAUGGAAGACCCAGAGUUACCUCUGCUGCAGAGCAUAAGUCCAUUAGAGUUAACAGCUUCAGAAAUUACAGUGCAAAUAAAGCUUCACAGAGUUCAAGAAACAAACACAUCUCAACAUCAACUGUUCAGAGGAGAGUGUGUGAAUCAGGCCUUCGUGGUCGAAUUGCUGCAAAGAAACCACUACUAAAGGACACCAAUAAUAAGAAGAGACUUGCUUGGGCCAAGAAACACGAGCAAUGGACAUUAGACCUUUGGAUAUUUGUCCUUCGGUCUGGAGUCCAAAUUGGAGAUUUCUGAUUCCAACUGCCGUGUCUUUGUGAGACGUGGUGUGGUUGAACGGAUGAUCUCCGCAUGUGUAUUUCCCACCGUAAAGCUUGGAGGAGGAGUGUUAUGGUGUGGGGGUGCUUUGCUGGUGAUACUGUCUGUGUGAGGGCUAUUUUACCAAGAAGGAGAGUGAUUUAGUGCUGCAUCAGAUUACCUGGCCUCCACAAUCCCCCGACCUCAACCAAAUUGAGAUGGUCUUGGAUGAGUCGGACCGCAGAGUGAAGGAAAAGCAGCAACAAGUGCUCAGCAUAUGUGGGAACACCUUGAAGACUGUUGGAAAAGCAUUCCAGGUGAAGCUGGUUGAGAGAAUGCCAAUAGUGUGCAAAUCUGUCAUCAAGGCAAAGGGUGGCAUUUUGAUUUGUUUUACACUUUUUUUGGUUACUACAUGAUUCCAUAUGUGUUAUUUCAUAGUUUUGAUGACUUCAGUAUUAUUCUACAAUGUAAUAACUCCUAGUGGCCGGGGUCUUUAAUGCAGGAAAACUUAAAUCCGUUUGAACUAAUUUCUACUAGCAUCUCACAUCUCACAGAGGGAAAAAAAACUCUAGACCACCUUUACUCCACACACAGAGAUGCAUACAAAGCUAUCCCUCACCCUCCAUUUGAGAAAUCUGACCGUAAUUCUAUCCUCCUUAUUCCUGCUUACAAGCAAAAACUAAGCAGGAAGUACCAGUGACUCGCUCAAUACGGAAGUGGUCAGAUGACGCAGAUUCUAAGCUACAGGACUGUUUUGCUAGCACAGACUGGAAUAUAUUCUGGGAUUCUUCCGAUGGCAUUGUCACGACUUCCGCCGAGGCUGCCUCCCCUCCUUGUUCGGGCAGGUUUCGGCGUUCGUCGUCACCGGCUUACUAGCUGCUGCCGAUCCAUUUAUCAUCACUCCACUAGUCUUGUCUAAUUAAUCACACACACCUGGUCCUUAUCCCCAAUUAGUCAUUGUAUAAGUGUUCCCUCUGCUUCCUUGUCUGUGUGGGUAAUUGUUUGUUGUGAGCUGUGUGUAGCUCGGUUGAGCUACCCUUACCUUGUUGUUGCCAGGGUAGAUAUUUCCCCUGUGCCUGAGUUUUGUUGUCGCAUGCUUGCGCAACUGUUUAUCGACGGAAUAAACUUUUUGGAUGCGUAUUACUCUCCUGCUCCUGACUCCUUCUAUCACAUGCAUCACAGGCAUUGAGGAGGACACCACAUCAGUAAGUGCAUCGAUGAUGUUGUCCCCACGGUGACCGUACGUACAUACCCCAACCAGAAGCCAUGGAUUACAGGCAACAUCCGCACUGAGCUAAGGGGAACAGCUGCCACUUUCAAGAAGCUGGACUCUAACCCGGACGCUUAUAAGAAAUCCCUCUAUGCCCCCGACGAACCAUCAAACAGGCAAAGGGUCAAUGCAGGACUAAGAUUGAAUCAUACUAAACCGGUUCCGACGCUCGUCGGAUGUGGCAGGGUUUGCAAACUAUUACAGACUACAAAGGGAAGCACAGCCACGAGCUGCCCAGUGAUAAGAGCCUACCAGACGAGCUAAAUUACUUCUAUGCUCGCUUCGAGGCAAGCAACACUGAAGCAUGCAUGAGAGCACCAGCUGUUCCGGGUGAGUGUGUGAUCACGCUCUCCGUAGCCGAUGUGAGCAAGACCUUUAAACAGGUCAACAUUCACAAGGCCGCGGGGCCAGAUGGAUUACCAGGAUGUGUACUCAGAGCAUGCACGGACCAACUGGCAAGUGUCUUCACUUAUUUUCAACCUCUCCCUGACUGAGUAUGUAAUACCUACAUGUUUCAAACAGACCACCAUAGUCCCUGUCCCCAAGAAAGUGAAGGUACCCUGCCUAAAUGACUACCGCCCCGUAGCACUCACGUUGGUAGCCAUGAAGUGCUUUGAAAGGCUGGACAUGGCUCACAUCAACACCAUCAUCCCGGAAACCCUAGACCCACUUCAAUACGCAUACCACCCCAACAGAUCCACAGAUUACGCAAUCUCAAUUGCACUCCACACUGCCCUUUCCCACCUGAACAAAAGGAACACCUAUGUGAGAAUGCUGUUCAUUGACUACAGCUCAGCGUUCAACACCAUAGUGCUCACGAAGCUCAUCACUAAGCUAAGGACCCUGGGACUAAACACCUCCCUGUGCAACUGGAUCAUGGACAUCCUAACGGGCCGCCACCAGGUGGUAAGGGUAGGCAACAAAACAUCUGCCACGCUGGUCCUCAACACAGGGGCCCCUCAGGGGUGCAUGCUUAGUCCCCUCCUGUACUCCCUGUUCACUCAUUAAGUUUGCUGACGACACAACAGUGGUAGGCCUGAUCACCGACAACGAUGAGACAGCCUAUAGGGAGGUGGUCAGAGACCUGGCAGUGUGGUUUCAGGACAACAACUUCUGCCUCAACGUGAGCAAGACAAAGGAGCUGAUUGUGGACUACAGGAAAUGGAGUGCCGAACACGUCCCCAUUCACAUCGACAGGGCUGUAGUGGAGUGUGUCGAGAGUUUCAAGUUCCUUGGUGUCCACAUCCCCAACAAACUAUCAUGGUCCAAACACACCAAGACAGUCGUGAAGAGGGCACGACAACACCUUUUCCCCCUCAGGAGACUGAAAAGAUUUGGCAUGGGUUCCCAGAUCCUCAAAAAGUUCUACAGCUGUAACAUUGAGCGCAUCCUGACCGGUUGCAUCACCGCCUGGUAUGGCAACUGCUCGGCAUCCGACCGUAAGGCGCUACAGAUGGUAGUGUUUAUGGCCCAGUACAUCACUGGGGCCAAGCUUCCUGCCAUCCAGGACCUAUAUACUAGGCUGUGUCAGAGGAAGGUCCCAUAAGUUGUCAACGACUCCUGUCACCCAGGUCACAGACUAUUCUCUCUGCUACCGCACAGCAAGCGGUACCGGAGCGCCAAGUCUAGGUCCAAAAGGCUCCUUAACAGCUUCUACCCCCAAGUCAUAAGACUGCUGAACAAUUAAUCAAAUGGCCACCCGGACUAUUCCCCACCCCCUUUGUUUUUACACUGCUGCUACUAGCUGUUUAUUAUCUAUGCAUAGUCACCUUACCCCUACCUACAGUGAGGGAAAAAAGUAUUUGAUCCCCUGCUGAUUUUGUACGUUUGCCCACUGACAAAGACAUGAUCAGUCUAUAAUUUUAAUGGUAGGUUUAGUUGAACAGUGAGAGACAGAAUAAUAACAAAAAAAUCCAGAAAAAUGCAUGUCAUAAAUGUUAUAAAUUGAUUUGCAUUUUAAUGAGGGAAAUAAGUAUUUGACCCCUCUGCAAAACAUGACUUAGUACUUGGUGGCAAAACCCUUGUUGGCAAUCACAGAGGUCAGACGUUUCUUGUAGUUGGCCACCAGGUUUGCACACAUCUCAGGAGGGAUUUUGUUCCACUCCUCUUUGCAGAUCUUCUCCAAGUCAUUAAGGUUUUGAGGCUGAUGUUUGGCAACUCGAACCUUCAGCUCCCUCCACAGAUUUUCUAUGGGAUUAAGGUCUGGACACUGGCUAGGCCACUCCAGGACCUUAAUGUGCUUAUUCUUGAGCCACUCCUUUCUUGCCUUGGCCGUGUGUUUUGCGUCAUUGUCAUGCUGGAAUACCCAUCCACGACCCAUUUUCAAUGCCCUGGCUGAGGGAAGGAGGUUCUCACCCAAGAUUUGACGGUACAUGGCCCCGUCCAUCGUCCCUUUGAUGCGGUGAAGUUGUCCUGUCCCCUUAGCAGAAAACCACCCCCAAAGCAUAAUGUUUCCACCUCCAUGUUUGACGGUGGGGAUGGUGUUCUUGGGGUCAUAGGCAGCAUUCCUCCUCCUCCAAACACGACGAGUUGAGUUAAUGCCAAAGAGCUUGAUUUUGGUCUCAUCUGACCACAACACUUUCACCCAGUUCUCCUCUGAAUCAUUCAGAUGUUCAUUGGCAAACUUCAGACGGCCCUGUAUAUGUGCUUUCUUGAGGAGGGGGACUUUGCGGGAGCUGCAGGAUUUCAGUCCUUCACGGCGCAGUGUGUUACCAAUUGUUUUCUUGGUGACUAUGGUCCCAGCUGCCUUGAGAUCAUUAACAAGAUCCUCCCGUGUAGUUCUGGGCUGAUUCCUCACCGUUCUCAUGAUCAUUGCAACUCCACGAGGUGAGAUCUUGCAUGGAGCUCCAGGCUGAGGGAGAUUGACAGUUCUUUUGUGUUUUUUCCAUUUGCGAAUAAUCACACCAACUGUUGUCACCUUCUCACCAAGCUGCUUGGUGAUGGUCUUGUAGCCCAUUCCAGCCUUGUGUAGGUCUACAAUCUUGUCCCUGAGAUCCUUGGAGAGUGCUUUGGUCUUGGCCAUGGUGGAGAGUUUGGAAUCUGAUUGAGUGAUUGCUUCUGUGGACAGGUGUCUUUUAUACAGGUAACGAGCUGAGAUUAGGAGCACUCCCUUUAUGAGUGUGCUCCUAUUCUCAGCUCGUUACCUGUAUAAAAGACACCUGGGAGCCAGAAAUCUUUCUGAAUGAGAGGGUAAAAACGUAUUUCCCUCAUUAAAAUGCUAAUCAAUUUAUAACAUUUUUGACAUGCGUUUUUCUGGAUUGUUAUUCUGUCUCUCACUGUUCAAAUAAACCUACCAUUAAAAUUAUAGACUGAUCAUUUCUUUGUCAGUGGGCAAACGUACAAAAUCAGCAGGGGAUCAAAUACUUUUUUCCCUCACUGUACAUGUACAAAUUACCUUGACUAUCCUGUACCCCUGCACAUUGACUCGGUGUCACGCCCUGGCUCUGGGGACACUGUUAUGUUGAGCCAGGGUGUGUAGAUCUAUGUGUUAUAUUUCUAUGUUGGGGGUUCUAGUUCGUCUGUUUCUAUGUUUGCCUGAGUGACUCCCAAUCAGAGGCAACGAGUGUCAGCUGUCGUUUGUUGUCUCUGAUUGGGAGCCAUAUUUAAACUGUAUGAUUUUCAUUCGUGGUUGUGGGAUUUUGUUUCAAGUCUGUUUAUGUUAGACCGUGAACUGUCACGUAUCGUUUGUUGUUUUGAUCGUGUCUCUAAUUAAAGAGUAUGUUUGCCUGCAACGCUGCGCCUUGGUCCUCAUCUAUUCCUGACGAUCGUGACAGAAAAUCCCACCACAACUGGACCAAGCAGCGAGUCGAGGAGCCAUCGCCAGGGAAAUCCAUAGCAGAUCUCCGUGGCAGCCUCGACUGGGUCAAGCCGAGUGAAGAGCAGAGAGAGUGGACUUGGGAACAAUGGAGGAAGAGCUUCGACUGGGUCAAGCCAAUUGAGGAGCUGAAUAGCGGGAGUUGGAGGCAGAAGAGCGAGAGUUGGGCGAGAACUAUAGAGGCCUGGCCCACGGGGAAGAGAGACCCCCAGAAAAUUUUUAGGGGGGGGCUCACGACGUCGGGGCAGCAGGAGGCCGCGAUAGAGCGGUCCAGCGGGUUGGCAGAGGAGGCCGCCAGGUUACGGGGGUCACUGGUCGAAGAGGGGAUGGAAGGUGUAGAGGCACGGCGAGAGGUACUGGGGUGUGUUACCAGUCCGGUCCGGCCCGUUCCAGAUCCCGGUGUAGGGCCAGUGGUGUGUGUCCCCAGUACGGUCCGGUCUGUUCCUGCUCCCCGCACCAAGUCAGUGGUGCGCUUCGUCAGCCCUGCUCGGCCCGUUCCUGCUCCCCGCACCAAGUCAGUGGUGCGCUUCGUCAGCCCGGCUCGGCCCGUUCCUGCUCCCCGCACCAAGUCAGUGGUGCGCUUCGUCAGCCCGGCUCGGCCCGUUCCUGCUCCCCACACCAAGUCAGUGGUGCGCUUCGUCAGCCCGGCUCGGCCCGUUCCUGCUCCCCGCACCAAGUCAGUGGUGCGCUUCGUCAGCCCGGCUCGGCCCGUUCCUGCUCCCCGCACCAAGUCAGUGGUGCUCUUCGUCAGCCCGGCUCGGCCCGUUCCUGCUCCCCGCACCAAGUCAGUGGUGCGCUUCGUCAGCCCGGCUCGGCCCGUUCCUGCUCCCCGCACCAAGUCAGUGGUGCGCUUCGUCAGCCCGGCUCGGCCUGUUCUCCACACCAAGCCAGUGGUGGGCGUCGUCAGUCCGGCAAGGCCCGUGCCUGUUCCACUGGUGCCUGGUUCGGCACUGGUCAGAUGUUUUACGCCGGAGCUAGAGCAAUCCGCUCCAUCAGUGUGCAGUCCAGCUCCGGCCAGCGGGGCCAGACCAGACCAGGGGUACUUUGGGGGGUUGGAGAGGGAGCGGGGAUCAGGCCCGGAGCCGGAUCCGCCGCCUAGGCGGAGUGCCCACCCGGUCCCUCCCCUGUGGUAUUUGGUUGACGCGGUCGGAGUCGGCGCCUUUAGGGGGGGGUACUGUCACGCCCUGGCUCUGGGGACACUGUUAUGUUGAGCCAGGGUGUGUAGAUCUAUGUGUUAUAUUUCUAUGUUGGGGGUUCUAGUUCGUCUGUUUCUAUGUUUGCCUGAGUGACUCCCAAUCAGAGGCAACGAGUGUCAGCUGUCGUUGGUUGUCUCUGAUUGGGAGCCAUAUUUAAACUGUAUGAUUUUCAUUCGUGGUUGUGGGAUUUUGUUUCAAGUCUGUUUAUGUUAGACCGUGAACUGUCACGUAUCAUUUGUUGUUUUGAUCGUGUCUCUAAUUAAAGAGUAUGUUUGCCUGCAACGCUGCGCCUUGGUCCUCAUCUAUUCCUGACGAUCGUGACACUCGGUACCGGUACCACCUGUAUAUAGCCUCGUUAUUGGUAUUUUAUUGUGUUACUUUUUACUUUAUUUUUUACUUUAGUUUACUUAGUAAACUAUUUCUUGAACUGCAUUAUUGAUUAAGGGUUUGUAAGUAAGCAUUUCACGGUAAGGUCUACACCUGUUGUAUUCGGCGCAUGUGACAAAUAACAUUUUAAUUGAUUUGAAAAUUACAGACACCUAUGAUAAUAUGAAGUUCCCAAAAAGGCCACUAGAUGUCUUGUGAUAGAUUACCUAAAAUCCUUGACAUAUACCAAAAAUCUGGUAAUUUAUUUGUAAACAUCUAAAGUUUCCAGCAACCCUAGUUUUGUGUUUCAAGUUUCAAGCCUUUCUCACCUCUUACACCUAUCUGGACCAAAACCAUGUUCCAGUACUACAUUCAAGCUGAGGAAAUUGGCUUUUAUUGAAUGUAUUUCUAUAUCAUAAUGUUUCUCCCUUGUAACAUUUUUAUUUCUUCUUCAUUUCAGUUGCACCAGCCAUCCACGAGAUGAAAAGCCAUGGAGUUGGCUUGGGACGCACAGCUCUGCUGAGGUGUGAGGCUGCAGCUGUACCCACACCAUCAUUUGAGUGGUACAAGGGAGAGAAAAGGUUAGAGAAACAAAUUGCUCUGGGUCAUUCGCCAUGGAAAUAAAAGUUUUUUGGGUUUAUAGAGUUGGAUGCACAUUUGUUGCCAACCAUUAGCACUAAACUAGUUCCAUUGGUUCGAUCCAUUAUGCAAUGAGGGUAGAGUGUGUUCUGAAGCAUCUUUGACUUCUUUACACCUGACAAAUGUCACCACAUAGUAAAUGUGUAAACAAUGUGUUAGUCUGGCACUAACUGUCACUAGUCUGGCCUUGGAAAGUAUAAGUAAUAACUAAUCCAAUAAGAAAAGUAAUUUUGACUACGUCCACACCUUGCUUUCUAAUUAAAUGUUUGCGUAGCUCAUCAACUAGCUAAAAACAUUCUCAGCACAUACAUCAAUCAGUGUAGAUUCAAGUGGCUGUUCUUGAAUUUAGAAACCAAAUUACUCCCAUUACCCGUCAUUUACCCACUCCUAGUGAGCACAAUUUCAAUCAUCAGUUCACACUGCGCUAAUUGUAAUUAUAGGGUGGAUUCAAUUUAUUUUAAUAGCUAAGGAGGCACAUUGCCAUGAUUCUAGUGUUUACUUAAUCCUAAACCUAGCUCUACGUUUGAGCCUUUUAACAUGAAAAGUCAUUUUUCUUGACACAUUCGUAGUUAUAGAGGUCUUAAAGACAUUAUGGAUGUGUGCGCUGCGUAAUGGUAGAGCAUGGAUGUUUCUAUAUGCUAAGCUGCACUCAGUGUUCCCAGAUGUUAAGUGCCACACAGUACAUUUAGCUGUGUGUGGAUGUCACUAUAGUACGAAUGCAGUCAUGCCACUGGUUUGUCUGCAUCAGAAAUAAUGAGACAGUUUUGACAGUAAAAUCUUUCUUUUGAGGCUUCACUGUUCAUGGUGUUGAAAGAGAAACGCUUUUGCUCUGACAGAGACAGUGAUGCUUGUUUUGUGGCGUUCUGGAGGAGAAGCAAGCAUGCUCCCAGACUCCCACCGAGAUGAUCAGUGAAUGUUCAACUAACAUUUGAGGAAAUCGCAGUGGGGGAGAGAACAACAGAUGCUCAGAGAUUUGCUGGACAUAAGGUCAUACGUAGCGUUUCAACUCCGAGAGCCACUGUGAGCCAGUCAAACUACGCAAGUGCAUAUACAGGAGGCCACUGUGCUGCCAGAAUAGGAGUCAUCCCUGUCUUCUCCCUGGACUUUUUCAAUAUUUUAGGUAAUUUGAACAAUGGCUAAAUUGUACAUCAUAUCUUAGGUAACUCAUCUGGCCAUCUCAGAUUGUUUAUACCACCAGAAAAACAAACUAAAGAAACUGAUUAGAAAGGAAUAAUGGCAAACGUGUCAUACAAUUAUACAUUGAAUGCCAAUAAUAAGUGACAUGCUGCUAGUUCACACUUACUCUUAGGGUCGUCUCUCUAUCUUGCUGUGGCAGUCCUUCAAAACAACACUCAAAGACAUAAGCCCAGCAAAAGGAAAAAUUGAUGUAUUGAAGAGGAUGAUGAAGUACUGUAGAGACCCUAUUUGAGGUUGAUACAUAUUUUCUCCCUUCUUGACUCACCUCUUCCUCCUCGAUAUUUUCAGAAAAGGAAAGCUUUAUUUGUCGUCCGUUCUAUUUCAGGAUUAACAAGGGUCAGGGGAUUGACAUCAAGAACCUUAGCUCCAGAUCAGUCCUCACAGUGACCAACAUGACAGAGGAUCGCUAUGGUAACUACACGUGUGUCGCCGCCAACAUCCUGGGAAGGGCCAACGCCAGUGUGCCUCUCAUUCGUAAGUAG